CGCGCCAGGGGGUCGCGCGGGCGGGCGGCCGCAGCUUCGGUCGCCAUGUGCGCGCAGGUCUGGCUGCUGACCGACCGGCUCAUCCGCGAGGACUACCCGCAGGUGCAGAUCCGCGCACUCCGCCAGCGCUGCUCCGAGCAGGACGUGGGUUUCCGGGCGGUGUUCCUGGACCAGAUCGCCGUCACCGUCGUCGGCGGCCACCUAGGCCUGCAGCUGAGCCAGAAACCCCUGACCACCUUCCCCGACGUGGUGGUGGUUCGAGUAUCCACACCCUCUGUCCAGUCGGAUAGUGAGAUCACCAUCCUGAGGCACCUGGAGAAGCUGGGCUGCCGCUUGGUCAACCGUCCUCAAAGCAUCUUAAACUGCAUCAACAAGUUUUGGACAUUCCAAGAGCUGGCUGGACAUGGGGUCCCCAUGCCAGACACCUUCUCCUAUGGUGGGCACGAAGACUUCUCUAAAAUGAUCGAUGAAGCCGAGCCCCUGGGCUACCCAGUGGUGGUGAAGAGCACACGGGGGCACCGGGGAAAAGCUGUUUUUCUGGCCAGAGACAAGCAUCACCUCUCUGACAUCUGCCACCUGGUCCGCCACGACGUGCCCUACCUGUUUCAGAAGUACGUGAAGGAGUCACACGGGAAGGACAUCCGGGUGGUGGUGGUGGGCGGCCAGGUGAUCGGCUCCAUGCUGCGCUGCUCCACAGAUGGCCGCAUGCAAAGCAACUGCUUUCUAGGUGGUGUGGGUGUCAAGUGCCCACUGACCGAGCAAGGCAAGCAGCUGGCUAUCCAGGUGUCCAACAUCCUGGGCAUGGAUUUCUGUGGCAUCGACCUUCUUAUCAUGGAUGACGGCUCCUUCAUGGUGUGUGAGGCCAAUGCCAAUGUCGGCUUCCUGGCCUUCGACCAGGCAUGCAACUUAGAUGUGGGGGCAAUCAUUGCAGACUAUGCUAUGUCCCUGCUGCCAAACAGGCAGACUGGGAAGAUGGCCAUCCUCCCGGGACUGGCAAGUCCCAGGGAGAAGAAUGAGCCAAAUGGUUGCGUUUCAGCCCAGGGAGUUGCAGAGAGUGUCUAUGCCAUCACCAAUGGGUCUACCUCUAGUGAGAGUGAGCCUGAACUGGGAGAGGCCCGGGAUUCCUCAGCAAAAACAAUGGGGGCCCCACCUGUGCAUGUUGCCCGAACCUGGCUACAGCAUUAACAGGGUUGCAUCACGAUUCCAGUGAAUUCUUGCUUUCUUAGCAGCAUUUAAACCAAAUGCUACUGCUUCCCUGAGUAGUGUUCAGUGAAUUAGAUCUGGACUAACGUGAUUUCAUUUGCACAGAAACUAGAAAACACCAUCCGGGCACUCAGCAUCCUUUCUAAUAACAGUUUGAACAAACCGCCUAGCUUUGUGGGUUUUGUAAAGACUCAUAUAAAAAGCACUCAUCGAGAACAA